UAUAAAAUUGUAUUACGGUCACGUGGUUUGAGUUCACGUAACGCCUUCAGAAAACACAGACACUCCCUCCUCUCCGCGCGGUGAGAGAGGAGGAAGACGGACCUAAAGUCAGAACUUGGCUUCCUCAACGCCAAAGCGGAGUCUACAGCGCAAAUAUGGACAACUUUAGCCCCCGCCAUGGUGGCUCUGUGUUUGCGGUGCUGGUGGGAGCGUCGCAAGUGCUCGGUCUUGUGUCCGUAGUUCUGACAGGGGUGUGGAUGGGUCAUUACCGAGGUGGUUUUGCCUGGGAUGGUUCUGCUCAGGAGUUUAACCUGCACCCUCUUUGCAUGGUGCUGGGGCUGAUCUUUUUACAUGGCGAUGCCAUAUUAGUUUACAGAGUUUUUCGUAAUGAAGCAAAGCAACAUGUGAAGCUGCUUCAUGGCACAAUUCACCUGCUUGCCCUUAUCAUCAGCAUCAUAGGGGUUGUAGCUGUGUUUGACUUCCACAAAGCAGCCAAGAUCCAAGACAUGUACUCUCUGCACAGCUGGUGUGGCAUGGGCACACUAAUUCUGUUCUGCUUACAGUGGGUGUUAGGUUUGCUGUUUUUCCUGUUUCCUGUUGCAUCGUCAUGGUUACGAGCCACAUACCUUCCUAUCCAUGUGUUCUGUGGCCUGAGUUUGCUGGUCAUGGCCAUUGGGACGAGCCUCCUUGGAAUCACAGAGAAACUUCUCUUCGGCAUAAUGUCAACCUACUCUCAGUUUGCCCCAGAGGGGGUGCUGGCCAACAUCUUGGGGAUCCUGCUGGUGUUGUAUGGGGUUGCGCUGGUUUACUUGAUCACCAGAGAGGAGUACAGACGUAUCUCAAACCCAGAGGAAGAGUCUUUGUCUGUCCACUUCAAGAACCUGACUGAGAGUGGGUUACCAACAACACCCUGAAGUUCUGAUUGAUCCUCACAGAUUUGAUCAUAGCCCUCUGCCAACAGACAUGUAUACCCUUUCUCAUAUAACCAAGUCGCCAUAAAAGGCAAUGUUUUGUAAGCCUUGAUUUUUGUAAAGUGUAAAAUAAUAAACAGUGACCUGUUAUGGUUUUCUCUUGGUAUCCUGCAAAAAAGUGCAU